AUGUAUCCGCGGGACAGUGCCUCGGCCGGGACGGAGGAGCAGCUGCAGGGGGAGGAGGAGGUGCUGGAGGAGGUGUUGGAGGAGAGCGAGGGGGCCAAAGCAGCACUGGGGAUGGGCCCCGGGCUGUCACUGCUGCAGCAGGUGGGAUGCUGGCACCUCAACCUGAGCAGCUGGUCGAAUAAAGUUCCAGUGGUCCAGCACCCUCACCACGUGCACCCCCUCACGCCGCUGAUCACCUACAGCAAUGAGCACUUCACGCCAGGCAACCCCCCCCCUCACCUACAGACAGACGUGGACCCCAAAACAGGGAUCCCGAGGCCUCCACAUCCUCCAGAUAUAUCUCCUUAUUACCCGCUGUCUCCCGGCACUGUCGGCCAAAUCCCCCAUCCGCUGGGCUGGUUAGUACCACAGCAAGGUCAACCUGUUUAUCCAAUCACGACAGGGGGCUUCAGACACCCCUACCCAACCGCUCUGACUGUCAACGCCUCCAUGUCAAGUUUUCUGUCCUCCAGGUUCCCCCCACACAUGGUGCCCCCCCAUCACAGUUUGCACACCACCGGCAUCCCCCACCCGGCCAUCGUCACCCCCAACGUAAAGCAGGAGUCGUCUCACAGUGACAUCAGCUCGCUCAACAGCUCGAAACAGGAUGCGAAGAAGGAGGAGGAGAAAAAAAAGCAGGUGCACAUAAAAAAGCCUCUGAACGCCUUCAUGCUGUACAUGAAGGAGAUGCGGGCCAAGGUGGUGGCCGAGUGCACGCUGAAAGAGAGCGCAGCCAUUAACCAGAUACUGGGCCGAAGGUGGCACGCCCUAUCGCGGGAGGAGCAGGCCAAGUACUAUGAGCUGGCCAGGAAAGAACGACAGCUCCACAUGCAGCUCUACCCCGGCUGGUCGGCACGAGACAACUAUGGGAAAAGGAAGAAGAGAAAAAGGGAGAAGCAGCAAGCAGAGAGCAAUGAACACAGAGAAUAUUUUCCAAACCCUUGCCUUUCACUCCCUCCGAUUACAGACCUGAGCGCUCCUAAGAAGUGUCGAGCGCGCUUUGGUCUCGACCAGCAGAAUAACUGGUGUGGCCCCUGCAGGAGAAAAAAAAAGUGCAUUCGUUACAUCCAAGGUGAAGGCAGCUGUGCCAGUCCUCCUUCUUCGGACGGAAGCUCACUCGACUCCCCCCCUCCCUCUCCCUCCUCGCUCAUCCACUCUCCUUCGCCUAAAGAAUCCAAACCUCAGACUGAACAAAUGCAACCUCUCUCACUGACUAUGAAACCGGCCCACCAGCCUCUCCACCUCCACCACCACCCGGCGCACCUCCUGUCCGGCCCGCCACCUUUGCUUCUAGACAACAACAACUCUUCCUCCGCAGCGCCGGCGGUCCGAAAAACGCCCGGCCCCUCGAGCCACAAUGGGUCCCUGGAACACGGCGAUGUCCCGUCCUCGCGGGGUCCGCCAGGGUCCUCCAUGGGACGCGCCGCAGCUUUGCUCUGUCAUUCCCGCUCGCUGCUCUCCUCCGCGGCCUCGCAGCCUCUGUCGCUAGUGGCCAAGUCUGUAGAAUAG